AAGUGACGUUUGAGUCAUGGCUCUCGCGAUAACAUUAGCCCAGUGUCCGGCUAGGCGUGUGGGAACUAAAAUCUUGCUGUCUUCAUUUAACAACUUUACAGCAGAGAUAUGUCUAUAACAUUGACACAAGGGGCAAUUGAAGCCCUUUAUAAAGGCUUACCUAUCAAGAAUCCUCUGCUUCAACUGCUGAACAUACGUCAAAUGACGAGUAACUCAGGUUUACCCAGGUUCCGGCUCAUGAUGAGUGACGGUCAGCACGCUCUGUCUUCCUUUCUGCUCACCACCCAGUUGAAUCAUCUGCCAGAACAGAAGCUGUUGGUCCAACACUGUAUAUGCAUGCUAAAAAAGGUGGUAACCAGUACAUUGGCGGAUGGCAGGACUGCGGUGACUGUGAUGGACAUGGAGGUAGUGCAGUCAGCAGAGGAAACUGGAGGAAGGAUCGGGAAUCCUACCCCUUACAACAGAGAUGGUCAAAUGUCCUCUCCAGCAAAGAAAUCAUCAGCUACUUUAGAACCAGAUUCUUCAUCUGCCACAGCACCCGGACCCUCAUACAGAAGCACAUCUUUCAGCAGAAGUAAUGCUGCUCAGAGUUCUCCGACUAAUUCACCUAUGAAGGUUUCACCAAUGAAAGACACAAAUUCACCCAUGAAGUUUUCACCAGCAAAAGACACAAAUUCACCCAUGAAGUUUUCACCAGCAAAAGACACAAAUUCACCCAUGAAGUCUUCACCAGCAAAAGACACAAAUUCCCCCAUGAAGGCUUCCAGCAGUUCUCCAAUGAAAGUGUUUCCUAUUUCAACACUCAAUCCCUACCAAAGCAAGUGGACCAUCAGAGCAAGAGUUACUAAUAAGUCCAAUGUCCGUCAGUGGAGUAACUCCAGAGGAGAGGGAAAGCUCUUCUCCUUUGAAGUUGUGGAUGAGAGUGGGGAAAUCAAGAUUACUGCCUUCAACAACGAAGUGGACAAAUUUUUCUCUCUACUGGAGCAAGGCAAGGUGUAUUACAUCUCAAAGGCCACACUGAAGGUGGCAAACAAACAGUACAGCACACUAAAGAACGACUACGAGAUGACCCUCCAUGCUCAUUCAUCAAUUGUGCCGUGUGAGGACAACCAGAGCAUCCCCACGAUGAACUGCAACUUUGUGCAGAUAGAAGAGCUGGAAAACCGCGACAAAGACGCCAUCAUAGAUGUAAUCGGGAUUUGCAAAAAAGCGGAGGAUGUGUCCCGCAUCACCACCAAGAACAGCAGAGAAGUCUCCAAGAGGGCCCUCCACCUGAUCGACUCAUCCGGCAAGGAGGUUACAGCCACACUGUGGGGGGAAGAGGCGGAGAAGUUUGACGGCUCGGGGCAGCCUGUUGUUGCCAUCAAAGGAGCUCGCUUGUCUGAUUUCGGAGGCAGAUCUCUCUCAGCUCUGUUCAGUUCAACGAUUAUGGUCAACCCAGACAUACCAGAAGCCUUUAGGCUGAGGGCCUGGUAUGACCGGGAAGGCUAUGCUGUCAAUAGUCAGUCCCUCACAGAGAGGAGGUCAACCAACAGCGGGUCAAGGAUGAACUGGAAAACACUGAGCGACGUUAAGAACGAAAACAUGGGGCAUGAGGAUAAGGCGGAGUAUUUCAGCUGUUUGGCCACAGUGGUGUACAUGCGUAAGGAGAAUUGUCUGUACCAGGCCUGCCCAUCUGCAGACUGCAACAAAAAGGUCAUCAUCCAGCAUAAUGGCCUGUACCGCUGUGAGAAGUGUAACAGAGAGUUUUCAGACUUCAAAUACAGAUUCUUACUCUCCGCCAACUUGGCAGACUUUGGGGAUAACCAGUGGGUGACAUGCUUCCAGGAGACAGCUGAGGUCCUGUUAGGUCACAGUGCACAGACGCUGGGACAGCUCAGAGAAACGGAUGAGGCUGCAUUUGAUGAAGUCUUCCAGAAGGCCAACUUCAGAACUCACAUCUUUAAAAACCGAGUCAAGCUGGAGACGUACAACGAUGAAAGUCGAGUGAAGGUGACAGUGAUGGAAGUCCUGCCGGUUGACCACAGAGAAUACAGCAGGAGGCUUCUCAGUAACAUUCGCAGAUUGGCUUGCUGAGCUCUGUCCCAGUCAUCCAAACGGCUGCCAUGUAAUUACACAUCUUUGGCGAGUUUCUGGUAUUUUCUCACUGCAAGAUAACAUCAUAUCUGAGUGAUGCCGUGGAGGAGCAGUCAGUGACUCAUGGGAAUUAUUGGCAGCCAAACAAAGGCUAAUAUGUAGCUGUUCAUAGUCUUAAGGAGGCUUUGAGGGAAACUUAGUGGGAAUGGCUUUAAUGUGUGACAUAUUUACAUUUUGAGUUCUAUUUAGAUUGUCAUGUUGUUUCAUUGUUUUAUGCAUCCUGGCCCAACCAAAAAAUAAAAGAGUGUAUGAAGUGGA